AUGGCCGGCGCGCCCGCCGCGCUGCUGCGGCCGGCGCUGCUGGUGCUGCUGCUGCUGGUGCUGCUGUUGGCCUCCGGCCGGCCCGCUCUCGCAGUAUCUUUUUAUGGUGAUAGCUUUGUGGAGCUGAACAUGGCAGAAGCAUCCCCUCAGACAUCCUUACAGUUGCAGUUUCAAACCAGCAACCCACAGGGACUGCUUUUCCUUGCAGCUGGGAAGACUGAUUAUUGUUUAAUGGAGCUGCACUCAGGAUAUGUACAAGUGAGAAUUAACUUUGGUGCGGGAGAGCAAGUACUGCAUUCUCAGGAAAGAUCUGGGCUGAAUGAUUUGGCUUGGCACCUGGUUGAACUACAUCAUGAACAAGAUAAUGUCACAUUGGUAAUUGAUAAGCAUGAUAGAACUAGUGCAAAAAUGCCUGGAAUUCUUUAUGAAUUAAACAUUGAUUAUGGAUUCUACAUAGGUGGUACUGGUAAACUUGAUGUUCCCUACCUUGCUGGAGCACUACCCAGUUUCCGAGGAUGUAUUGAUGGUGUAUCAUUCAAUCAGCUAGACAUUCUGAUGCCUCUGAGACCUUCUUCUGGCUUCAAAAACAUCCAUGAAGUUUCAGUGGGGUGCAGUGAUGAAUUCUUUGCAGGUGAAGAAGAACCCAUUAGUUUCUUCAGUUCCAGAUCCUAUAUUUCUUUCCCAUCAUGGACUGUGGAUGAUGAGGGAAUCUUUGAGUAUACUUUACAAACUUCAGCUGCACGUGGCUUACUACUUUACCACCCUGGUCAAGCAGGAGAUUUCAUUGCAAUGGAAAUGGAAGAUGGUUUAAUUAAAGCUUACAUUGGAAAACGUAAAAGUAGAACCCAUCUUUCUUCUAAUAAGUCAGUUAAUGAUAGUCACUGGCACUAUAUCAAACUGAAAUUUACUGCAGAAUAUUUACAGCUAACAUUGGAUGAAGAAACUGUGAAAAAGUCAUUACCUCCCCUGAGUAAGUUGCCACUUCUGAAGGGAUCCUUCUUUGUAGGUGGCGUAGAUGACAGCGUACGAUCAGAAGUCAUUAAGUUAAUCUCACUAUCUGGGAAGUAUGCAAGAGGAGGAUCCUUCAAAGGCUGCUUAAGAAACCUGAAAGCCAAUUCAGAAAAGAAGUCACUGAAGAAUGUUCUAGUAACUAAGGACAUUUCAGCUGGAUGUGAGAUGAAGAGUUCUUUUAAAACAAAUCUUUCUUUAGAGACAGCUGUAAAGAACCCUUCUGUGAAAGCAGCUCCGGUAUUUGCCAUUUCCCAAGAAAGCUCCAUUUCUCCAGACAAGGAAGGCAAAAGACACCUUUUAGUUCUGAGUAACUUGAUUGUGCUAGAGGGUGAGCAAGCUUCACUUGAAUCUAAGCAUAUUAAAGUUAACUUAGACUUCCAGAAAUUAGGAAUUAAUCAGUCACAAAUUAUUUUUGAUAUAAAGGAGCCUCCCUCUCAUGGACACUUGAAACUGAAUGUUGAACCGUUGCGAGAGAUAAGUACAUUUACUCUGCAGGAUGUGUGGCAAAGGAGGAUUUUCUAUGUCCAUGAUGGGUCUGAGGACACUUGUGAUUAUUUUAAUUUCUCAAUUUCUACCAGCAGUGAGAAGAUUGUGUCACUAUAUUUGCAAGGAAAUGAGCAGCAAAUGUUUAGCAUUACUGUUACUCCAGUAAAUGAUGCACCUGAGAUCAUACUUCCCGAGGGAAACUUGCUUCUUCUCUUAGAGAAGUCAAAGAAGCGUUUGACUCAUGACCUGAUAAAAGUUCUAGAUAAAGAUACAGAUUCUGUGGGUCUCAGACUUUCAGUCCUUGGAAAUCUGAAUGCAGAUGCAGGAUUUUUAGAAAAUUCAAGGCAUCCUGGAAAAGCUAUCACUACUUUUUCUAACGAGGAUUUAAGCAAAGGAACUGUUUUCUUUGUCCACACAGGUGUCAAGAACUCAAGGAUUGUUCUCAGGGCAAGUGAUGGUGAGAAGGUGAGCAACACUGUUGUGUUGCGUGUCAUGGCAGUUCCUUUGGAUUACAGAGUUGUCAACAACUCAGGAAUAAAGCUCCUCCAAGGUGUUACAGCUCUUAUAAGACCUAAGCAUCUGGCAGUCGAAACAAAUGUCCUCCAGGAACUGGAGAUAUGGUAUGAGAUCACAGAGCCACCUCACUUUGGUCAAGUCCAAGGGCAGCAUUCAAGGGGGAUAUGGAAGGAAGUCAGCUCUUUUUCUCAACACUCUCUUCAGCGCAGCAGGGUGAGAUACUGUAGCACUUUUAAAGAUAUUCAGCAGGAAAACGUUACAGACCAAUUUAAGUUCAAAGUUAGCAUAGGAAACAAAAUCAGUGAAGAGCACACAUUUCCAAUCAAAGUGAAAUGGUUAAGGUACAGUCUGUUGAAACAUGCUCCUCUAGAAAUUGAAAAAUCAAAAAAGAAGUACUUGAAUUCUCAUAACCUUUUUGCUGUAGUUGCAGAUCUAGAAAUACCUGAAGAUGAGCUUCAUUUCAAACUUUUGUCCCUACCAAAGAAUGGACAGAUACUGCUUAAUGACCAACCUUUGAAAAAAGAAUCAAUCUUUAGCCAAAAAGAUGUUACUGAUCAAAAAGUGGCAUAUGAAUUAAUCAGCCAGUACCAUGAAAACUAUGAUUCAUUUAGAUUUCUCAUUUCUACCAAGUAUCUGGAUUCAAAUUUCUAUGACUUUGAAAUCUACAUCAAAUCAGAUUUCAGAAACGUUAUUUUGACUAACAAUGGCCUUAAUGUUACUGAAGGGGAGGGAGAAUUAAUAACAAGCACAAAAUUGUUUGUGCAAACAGCAGAUAAUAAAACUUUACAAUACAAAGUUAUACAAUUUCCUAAGCAUGGGAAAUUAAAACUUACUAAUUUUUCUGGUUCAUUUGAGAAUAAUGGCAAUCUUACAACAUUCACUAGUAAAGAUAUAACUGAUAAAUGCCUUAUGUAUGUGCAUGAUGAUUCUGAGACCAUGUUUGAUGAAUUUCUUGUCAGAGCUUCCAGCAGAGAUUCAGGAAAGGGGACAAGCUUUGAUCCAGAAGUAGAACCUUUUUCAGUAGAAAUUAGAUUCUAUGUUUCUGUCCAGCUGAAGAAUGACGAGAAGCCAAUUCGCGUGAUUGAUAAGAUAUUUGACAUAGUGAGAAAUGGUCAGCGAUUAUUAACUUUGGCAGAUCUUUGCUAUCAUGAUCCUGAUUCUGAUUUUGAUGAUGGACAGUUGCUGUAUACUAGACGUGGUAUUUCCAAUGGGGACUUGGUGCUAACAAAUGAUACUUUGCAUAGACUCUACCAAUUCAAACAAGUGGACCUGGAGGAGAAACAAGUCCUGUUUAUACACCAUGGUGCAAAUUUUGGGCGUUUUGUGCUUUUUGUGACAGAUGGAAAGCACUAUACUUCCUUGCUUCUGGAGGUUAAUGCCACCAAUCCUUACGUUAGGUUGGCAAACAAUACAGGAUUGUUGGUUCAAAAAGGGAAAGGAGAAACUAUUUCAACAGCUAACCUAAGUGCUACUACAAACCAAGACAUAAGAAAUGAUCAUGAGCUUAUAUAUGAGAUACUCUCUUUCCCAAAAUAUGGAAGAAUAUAUGUGAAUAAUGUAUUAAUGGAUUCCUUUACUCAGCUUGAUCUGAUAAAGGGGCAUGUCACCUACAGACAUGAUGACAGCAACAACCUUAUUGACACAUUUAACUUUACAGUCCAUGCUGGAGAUGUACAUCUGGAUGCUGGACUACAGGUUCACAUAUAUUUGGAAAGUCAUCAGCAGCCACCAAGGAUUGUGAACAAAAACAACCUCUUGGUUGAAGAAGGAAAACCAGUUAAAAUCAGCAAAGGAAAACUUCAGGUUGUUCGUGAAAAUAGUUCUCCAUCUGAGAUUGUGUUCACAGUAAGACAGCCUCCAGUUCAUGGAUACAUUCGGAAGUUUUCCUCAGAAGAAAGUUAUCUCGGUUCUGACCAAAGGCCAGCUUUGAGCUUCACACAGCAAGAUGUCGAUGAGGGCAAAGUUCAGUAUGUGCAGACAAUUUCUGGCCAACUAGAUGACCAUUUUUUUCUGGAUGUGACCAGUGGUGUCAGAACAGUGACUGGAAUAGAGAUCUCUGUAGACAUCAUCCCCAGAAUGAUUCCACUGGAAGUGCAGAACUUUACAGUAAUUGAAGGGUGCUCAAAAGCUCUGGUGGAAGACUAUCUAAAAAUUUCUAGUAGACACUUUGCAGGACUCAGCUGUGAAUUCAUUUUAACUGAGCAGCCAAAACAUGGGUAUGUUGAAAACUCUCAUGUUCCUGGAAUAAAGUUAGCUACAUUUACCAGAAAACAGGUGGAACAGGAAUUAAUCUACUAUGUUCAUGAUGACAGUGAAGAGUUGAUGGACAGUUUUACUGUGAUAGCAAAUAACACGGAGUUGUGGAAACAAAGUUUGCCCCGAACUGUGUUUAUAACUGUUACUGCAGUAAAUGAUGAAGCUCCUGUUGUAAAAGUAAACAGAAUUCUUCAGGUCUGGGUGGGUUCAGUCACAGAAAUAACUAUUGAUGACCUCUAUGCAGAAGACAAGGACUCCUCACCAUCAGAACUGGUGUAUUCCAUUAGUCCACCUAGCAAUGGGCACUUGGCUCUGAAGUCUUCUCCAAACAAGAACAUCCUUACUUUUACCCAGGCUCACAUAAUUAAAGGGCAGCUGGUAUUUGUACACAAUGGAGCAGUGUCGGGAGGCUUCAACUUUCAGGUGACAGAUGGUUUGAACUUUGCACCCCAACAGAUUUUUAGCAUCACAGCUCAGAUGCUGGUCAUUAGCCUUGAAGUGAACAAAGGGCUCGGAGUCUUUCCAGGUUCCAGGAAACCUAUUUCACAACAUGAUCUGAAAGCUGUAACCAAUGAUAUGACCAAUGCAGGAAACAGAACUAUAACUUUUGUGAUUGUAACUUCCCCAAAACUUGGAAGGCUGAUCAAAGUAGAUUCUGAUGAUGCCAUUCAGGAAAUCUUCAGUUUUACGCAAUCUAUGGUUGAUGAAGGUGUGAUCAUGUAUGAACACUUACAUGCUGACUCAGCUGACUGGAGUGCAGAAGAUUUCUUUACAUUUACUGUCUCCUCUCCACCAACAGUUCUGGAUAUCCAGAUGUUCCAUGUUGUCAUUUCAUAUGAAAUUGACAGGCGUGAUCAGAAUAGUUGUCUUCUAGCAAAUACAGGUGCCAUAGUCCAGGAAGGAGGUAGAGUAUUAAUCAACAAAACAAAUUUAGAUGCUUCAAACCUAUUGAUUAAGCUACCUGAUGUACAGCGCUCCAUGUAUGAAAUCUGGUAUCAGGUUAUGUCUUUACCCCAACACGGCAUGAUUGUUGUUGGAGAACAAAACAUUACCAAAGAAAUGCCUAACUUCUCCCAGUACAUACUGGACAAAUUUGGAAUUAUGUACAUACAUGAUGAUUCUGAAUCUCUAAAUGACAAUUUCACUUUUGCUGUUUGGUUAAACCUAAGGAGCAAGCCUGCUACAAAGCCCCAUAGUGAGGUUUUGGAGGAGGUGUUUAAUAUCACUGUUUUCCCAGUGAAUGACCAGUCUCCAGAGCUGAAGACUAAAAGACUGCACUUGAAAGUCCUGCAGGGAGAUGUGUCAAUGCUGGGAGCAAAGAAUCUGAAAGUUGAAGACUUGGAUAAUGACCCAGCUGAGCUGAAAUACACCAUUGUUAGCAAUCCCAAUAAUGGUUACUUAGCAAUGAAAAACAAUCUCAGUGUCUCUAUAAAAGAUUUCACACAAGCUGAUGUUGACAGUGGUAAAGUUUGGUUUGUACAGGAUGGAAGUUCAUCUUCUGGGGUGUUUUAUUUCAGUGUGACUGAUGGUAAACAUCGCCCUUUAUACAAACUGUUCAGUCUUGAAGUUGUACCAAUUGCUCUUGUCCUGGUAAACCUUACCAAUGUUGUGCUGCCACAGGGCCAGACAUCUGUCACUAUUACUAAUGUUCAGCUUUCAGCUGUCACAAAUGGGAAAAGUACUAAUAUUAUGUAUGAAAUAACUCAGCCACUCAAAUAUGGGCACCUCAUGAUUGGAAAUGAGCAGGUUACUAAGUUUGAGCAGGCAGAUUUGUACUCAGGAAGACUCUCUUAUCACCUGACAAAUCUCACUGCUUCCAGUGAAGUACUGGAGUUUAUGCUUUUUACUGCAGAGGGCAAUCUGACAGGGCAAGUGCUGAACAUCACAGCGAAGCCUUUAGUGCAAAUUGUAUCUGACCUGCAGAUUUCAAAUCAAGCAGCUUAUACAUUUGGAAGCAGUGACCUGGAUGCUUCUGAGCUAGCCAGUUUGACAAACAGUAAUCCUAGAUUUGAGGUGAUAGUGCACCCCUCUCAUGGAAGGAUAGUAAAGAAAAGGUUUGUGAAUGAUGAAGCGUUGGAAGAUAUUCACACAUUCACCCAGGCUGACAUUGAUAGUGGUGUUCUGCUUCUGGACGUAGACACAAAUAUGACAGGCAUUGAUCUGUUGAAUGACUCUUUUACAUUUGUACUCAGGGCUGAUGCUGUGCAGCCUGCUAUUGGCUGUUUUCAGUAUUCCAUUGUGCCACACAAUCCUCCACUUGUGCAGGAUUUUACAACAGAAGUGCCUUUUAUAAUCAGCAUGACCACUUUAAAGGCUCACUCUACCUCAAAGGAUGAGGCACCAGUCUCCUCACAGAAUAAAGAGCCUGCAUUAGCACCACAGAAGACUGAACCAACUAUGUGGCCCAGGCAGAAUCACUGGGGAAACCUGCAUGUAGAAGGUCCAUUGCUAAGUCAGGCAGUGGGAACAAGUGUAUCUGUGGAGUUGAAGAUUACAAACCAGGUUAAUGGCAGGAGUUCCAGAGAGCAGGCAGCUGAAAGCAGCCCUUGGUACAUCAUUAUCCCCCUGGUCCUGGUGUCUGUGCUGCUUGUCGUUGCUGUUACUUCUGUGUGCAUUUUGUUUGUGUGUCAGAAGAAAGAGAAGACAAAACCUCUAGUCAUAAGUCAAACAGAUACAACCCUCAAUAGUGCAGAUCAAUAUCUGGAACGGAGCUUGACUGUACCUACUGUCACAGUGACUCCUCUCCUGAAGGGGACUGAGAGAAGUACAGCCUCAACAUUUGUGGCCGUAAAAAAUGAGCAGCUGCUUCGUACAGUGGUUUCUCCAACUACAGAAAGGUAUCUGAAAAACAACUCUUUAAAUCUUGAUCCUGAAAUGAUCCAGUAUUGUCGAAAAACAAACCCAACUUUGAAGCGCAAUCAGUACUGGGUAUAG